AUGUUCAAGUUACUCCUUGCGUUCUCUGUUCUAAUCCUUACUGUUGUUUCAGGCCCAGUUCCACCGAGUCCCGGAGUAAUCAAGGCGGAUCUUCUCGCUGCUGGAUUAUCUGAACAAGCUGCCGAUGGAGUAUUGAAGGUCGCCUCAGAGUUUUUCAAAGCCAACAAGAAAGAGGAAAGUGUCAAGCGAACUUCUGAAGAGACGGGUGCUCUAUUUAGAAAGUUCCUCACGGAAGUUGAUAUCUAUAUCAAGACACAAUCUGCAGAAGAUCAAGAAGCCUAUAAAGAAUUUGCAGACAAGAAGAAAGCGGAUUUCGAAGCUCAUUUGACUGCUAAAAACCAUUGA